AUGCAGGUGCAGACGUUGGUAUUCGUCAAGCAAGAAAUGGACGAUAAUGCAGCGCUUGGGAAGCGGCCAGACUCUACGGAGAUCCUGCAAGACAUCGAUGCUGCAGACAAGAAGACUGCAAGCGCCGCCGGCGACAAGCGGCACGCGUGCGGGCAGUGCGGCGAGCGCUUUCCCCACUUCGAGACGCACACGGGCGAGAAGCAGUACGUGUGCGCCGUGUGCGGCAAGGGCUUUGCGCACGACUUCAACUUGAACCUGCGAUACGGGAAGGGCUCCGCGCAGGCCUGCAACUUGAACCUGCGAGUGAGGUCGCACACGGACGAGAGGCCGUACGUUUGCGAGGAGUACGGGAAGGGCUCCGCGCAGGCCUGCAACUUGAACCUGCGAUACGGGAAGGGCUCCGCGCAGGCCUGCAACUUGAACCUGCGAGUGAGGUCGCACACGGACGAGAGGCCGUACGUUUGUGAGGAUUGCGGGAAGAGUUUUCCCGGCUGCUCCGACAUGAAGAGGCACGCCAGGACGCACGCGGGCGAGAGAACGUACGUGUGCGACGAGUGCGGGCAGGGGUUCACGCAGGUGGACAGCUUGCACGUGCACGCAAGGAAGCACACGGGGAGAGGCC